AUGGAAGAGCGAGCGGAGCCUUUAUCCCGGCGCCUUCCCAUCGGGGCUGAGGCUGAUGGUGAGGAGGAGGAGGAGGAGGCAGCCGGGACGCAGCCGGCGCGUGCUGCGGGCAGCGCUCCGAGCCCUGGCGAUGGAGGAGCCUCCCCGCGCCGGCGCCGGCACCGCCGAGGCCUCAAGGCCGAGGCCGGCGCGGCUCCCGCGUCCCCGGCGUGCCGGGAAGAGCCGGGGCCUUCCCGCGGGAAGCGGCUGCGCCUGCUCUGGAUGGAGGACGGAGCGCGGAGCAGCGACGACGACGACGACGACGACGAAGAGAGCGGCUCCACCGGCGUUCCCCGUGCCAAAGGCGACUUGGUGCAGCUGAUCGACGAGCGCGGCAUCUACUCGACGGCCAAGCUGGUGCUGGAGGAGGCGGUGGCGGGGCUGCCGUUACCGUCGGCGGCGGUGCCCCCCGGCGCCGAGCUGGAGAUCCGCGAGGUCAUCGUGGACGAGAAGCCCUUCCAGUGCGCGGUGUGCGCCAAGGCCUUCAAGCGGGCUUGGGAGCUGCUGAGCCACGAGGUGGUGCACAACGAGGAGCGGCCCUUCCGCUGCGCCCUGUGCCAGGCCUCCUUCAAGCGGCACUCGGACUUCAAGAGCCACGGCCUGGUGCACACCGAGGAGCGUCCGUUCCGCUGCGAGCUCUGCGGCAAGCGCUUCAAGCGCUCCUCCAACCUCCAGGAGCACCGGCGCAUCCACAGCGGCGAGCGGCCCUUCGCCUGCCCGCGCUGCGCCAAGAGCUUCAAGACGCCCUACGAGCUGCAGCGCCACGCGCUCACCCACUGCGCCGAGAAGCCCUUCAAGUGCGCCGACUGCGGCAAGGACUUCCCCACCUCCAACGCCCUCCUGCUCCACCAGCGCCAGCACUGCGACGACAAGCCCCACGUCUGCGGCGUCUGCGGCAAGAAGUUCACCUACGGCCACAGCCUCAAGGUGCACGAGCGCGUGCACACGGGCGACCGGCCCUUCGUCUGCCCGCUCUGCGGCAAGGGCUUCAAGCAGUCCAACGCCUUGGCCUCGCACGAGCGGGUGCACACGGGCGAGCGGCCCUUCGCCUGCAAGACGUGCGGCAAGGCCUUCAAGCAGUCCUCCUACCUGGUGAUCCACGAGCGGGCGCACACGGGCGAGCGGCCCUACAAGUGCGAGGCGUGCGGCAAGGCCUUCGCCCGGCCCUCGCUGCUGCUCCAGCACCACCGCGUGCACAGCCAGGAGCGGCCCUACGAGUGCAGCUUCUGCCACAAGUACUUCAAGGACUUGGCCUACCUGGCCGUGCACGAGAAGGUGCACACGGGCGAGACGCCCUACAAGUGCGGCGUGUGCGACAAGGGCUUCGCGCACCCUUCCAACCUGCUGCAGCACCAGCGCGUGCACCGCGACGGCUGAGCGCGGC